AUGGCGUUCAUCUUCACAUGCGGGACCCACACGUUCCAAUCACUACUCAAAGGCUACGAGAACAUCACAGUACAAUGCCAGAACUGCGGUAACCACAGCGGGAAGGUCGUGAAGCGUUGGGAAUGGUUCACCUUCUGCUUCGUACCUCUCAUCCCGUUCAGCUUGAAGCCAUGGCACGCGGUGUCCURUCACAUCUGCCAGUUCAGACAAGAUAUUAAGUAUCGACCAGACGUACAGCAACAGAUGGAUGGGGUGGCGGGAGGAGCACAGAUACCCUUGCAGAACCAACCUCACCAAGGACAGCCGCCACAAGGCUGGAACGGACAGCAUCAGAACGCAGCGUACCAGCCGCCUCCAAAUCAGGGUUACCAGCCGCCGCAGCAGAUGCCGCAGUAUAAGUAG